UUUUCUCCACUUGGCGAUUAUUCAUGAGGAAAAAGCCUUGAGCCUGGAGGUGAUCCGGCAGACAGCCGGGGACCGUGCUUUCCUGAACUUCCAGAACAACCUCAGCCAGAGUCCUCUACACCUGUCAGUGAUCACAGAUCAGCCUGAAAUUGCUGAGCAUCUUCUGAAGGCCGGAUGUGACCUGGAAAUCAGGGACUUCAGAGGAAACACACCCCUGCACAUUGCAUGCCAGCAAGGCUCCCUCAGGAGCGUCAGCGUCCUCACGCAGUACUGCCAGCCGCACCACCUCCUCGCUGUCCUGCAGGCGACCAACUACGAUGGACAUACGUGUCUCCAUUUGGCAUCUAUUCAGGGAUACCUGGCUAUUGUCGAAUACUUGCUGUCCUUGGGAGCAGAUGUGAAUGCUCAGGAGCCAUGCAAUGGCAGAACAGCACUACAUUUGGCUGUUGACCUGCAGAAUUCAGAUCUGGUGUCACUUCUGGUAAAACACGGGGCAGACGUGAACAAAGUGACCUACCAGGGCUAUUCCCCCUACCAGCUCACAUGGGGAAGAGACAAUCCCAGCAUACAGGAACAGCUGAAGCAGCUGACCACAGCCAACCUGCAAGUGUUGCCAGAAAACGAGGACGAGGAGAGCAGUGAAUCGGAGCCUGAAUUCACAGAAGAUGAACUUAUGUAUGAUGACUGCCUUAUUGGAGGACGACAACUGGCAUUUUAA